AUGGGAGGGCGCCAGCAUGGGGGGGCCAGAGGUAGUGGGGAUGAGAACCAGGGCUGGGGCCUGUCUCUGAGGCCCUGCAGCUCCGUGACCCCUCCCCCAGCCCUCUGGAGCAUUAGGAUGUCAGAGUGAAGUGCCAGGCGGCCUGUUCCCCCACCGUCAUUCACCCAGCCAGGGCUGGCGGCUACCGCAGGAGCAGUGAAGGUCUGGGCCAGGGCCGGGAGGGCACUGCCUCUCCGACCCUGCCAAUCCCAGCCUCUGAGUACCGGCCCUGACCUCCAGCCCGUUCCUCUACCCCGCCCAUCUUUGGAGACAUUUUGGGUUGUUUCUGGAAGGAAUCCCCACUUACUUCUCAAAGACAGCCAGACCAGCUUCUCCCAGGCAGCCCAGCAUCGGCGUCCCCCACUGGCCUGGCCUUGGCCGCUGGGCCAGCACUGAGAGAGGACAGGCCCCUUGUUGGGGGGCAAUAAGGCCUUGGGCUCCCCAGCUCCCCUGCUGCUGCCCCCACCCUGCUCCCUGCCUGUCCUCUGCACUGUGUGAGUCACAGUCCAGCCUGGCGUUUUUCAAGCAUUGGCUGCGAGUGCACCUGCUGCUCAGCAGUGACCAGGUCACGACCCUCACAAGGACUCUGAGCAUGCAGGGUCCAGAUGCAGAGGCCAAGAGCCAGCACCCCAGACGGGGCCGCUUUACCAUCUGCUCUGCCCCCAGGUGAGGCCUCUCUGGGGUCGCCCUGCUGCUGAGGAUGUGGUCGCUCCUGCUCCUGUGCAUGAUGCUGCCUGGCGUCUGGGGCACCCAGCAAGCCUGUUCCCGUGGGGCCUGCUACCCGCCCGCAGGGGACCUGCUCGUUGGGAGGACCCACUCGCUUCAUGCCUCAUCCACCUGCGGGAUGACCAAGCCCGAGACCUACUGCACCCAGUAUGGGGAGUGGCAGUUGAAAUGCUGCAAAUGUGACUCCCGCCUGCCUCAAGGUUACAACAGCCACAGGGUGGAGAAUGUGGCGGCCACCUCAGGCCCCGCACGCUGGUGGCAGUCCCAGAAUGGCGUGAGCCCCGUCUCUCUGCAGCUGGACCUGGACCGGCGAUUCCAGCUUCAAGGCAUCGUGAUGGAUUUUAAGGGGCCCAUGCCAGCGGCCAUGCUGAUCGAGCGCUCCUCUGACUUCGGCCAGAGCUGGCAGGUGUAUUGCUUCCUGGCGGCCGACUGUGCCUCCGCCUUCCCGAGGGUGCCGCAGGGCCAGCCGCGGGGCUGGCAGGACGUCCGCUGCCGCUCCCUGCCCCAGAGGCCUCUCAGGAGGCCCGAUGGCGGUCAGGUCCAGCUCAACCUGAUGGACUUAGCCUCGGGGAUUUCAGCAACUCGCAGCCAAAAGAUUCAAGAGCUGGGGACCAUCACCAACCUGAGAGUCAACCUCACGGGACUGGGCCCCAUGCCCCAGAGUGGCCGCCACCCGCCCAGCACCUACUAUGCCAUCUCCCAGCUGCGCCUACAGGGCAGCUGCUUCUGCCAUGGCCACGCCGCCCGCUGUGUGCCCCAGCCCGGAGCCCCCACAGGCGUGCAGGUGCCUGACGUCUGCGUCUGCCAGCACAACACGGCUGGGCCCCACUGUGAGCGCUGUGCCCCCCUCUACAACGACCGGCCCUGGAGACCAGCGGACGACCAGGACCCCCACACAUGCCAGCGCUGUGACUGCAACGGGCACUCAGAGACCUGCCACUUUGACCCCGCUGUGUUCGCGGCCAGCCAGGGUGCCCAUGGGGGCGUGUGUGACAAUUGCCGGCACCACACGGAGGGCCAGCACUGUGAGCGCUGCCGCCUGCACUUCUUCCACAACCGACGCCCUGGCGUGCCCCCGCAGGAGGCCUGCAUCCCCUGUGAGUGUGAUCCCGACGGGGCGGUGCCCGGGGCACCCUGCGACCCACUGACUGGGCAGUGUGUGUGCAAGGAGCACGUGCAGGGGGAGCGCUGUGACCUGUGCAAGGCAGGCUUCACCGGCCUCACCCAUGCCAACCCACAGGGCUGCCACCGCUGUGAUUGCAGUGUCCUGGGAUCCCGGCGGGAGCUGCCCUGUGAUGAGGAGAGCGGCCAAUGCCAGUGUCUGCCACAUGUGGUGGGCCCCAAGUGUGACCAGUGCGCCCCACACCACUGGAAGCUGGCCAGCGGCCAGGGCUGCGAGCCAUGUGCCUGUGACCCCCAGAACUCCCUCAGCCCCCAGUGCCACCAGUUCACAGGGCAGUGUCCCUGCCGGGAGGGGUUCAAUGGCCGGACAUGCAGCGCUGCAGCCGUGCACCAGUGUCCCGAUCGGACAUACGGAGACGUGGCUGUGGGCUGUCGAGCCUGUGACUGCGACUUCCGGGGCACCGAGGGCCCGGGCUGUGACAAGGCCUCGGGCCGCUGCCUCUGCCGUCCGGGCCUGACUGGGCCCCGCUGUGACCAGUGCCAGCGUGGCCUCUGUGACCGCUUCCCAGUGUGUGUGGCCUGCCACCCCUGCUUCCAGACCUACGAUGCUGACCUGCGGGCCCAGGCCCGGCGCCUCAGUGGCCUACGCAACGUCACCGCCAGCCUGGGGCUCGAUUCAGGCCUGGCCGCCCGUGACCUGGCCUCGAGGAUCCUGGACGCCAAAAGCAAGAUGGAGCAGAUCCAGGCAGUUCUCAGCAAUGCCGCCGCCACAGAGCAGGAGGUGGCCCAGGUGGCCAACGCAGUCCACUCCAUCAGGCGGACCCUCCAGGGCCUGCAGCUGGACCUGCCCCUGGAGGAGGAGACCUUGUCCCUCCCAGGGGACCUGGAGAAUCUGGAUAGGAGCUUCAACCACUUGCUGGUCCUGUAUCAGACCAAGCGGGAACAGUUCGAGAGGAUCAGCAGCGCUGACCCUACAGGGGCCCUGCGCGUGCUGACCGCAGCCUACCAGCGCUCGGCCCAGGCCGAGCGGCAGGCCUCCGACAGUACCCACCUGUUGCUGCGCCUCAGGGACAGCCGCCGGGAGGCCGAGGCGCUAGGGCGGCAGGCGGGAAGCGCGGGAGGAGCCAUUGGCCCCCAGCUCUCAGCCCUGAGACUGAAGCUGGCUGCCUUGCCAGACCUGACACCCACCAUCAAUAGGCUCUGUGGGGGCUCCAGGCAGACGGCCUGCACCCCAGGAGCAUGCCCAGGAGAGCUGUGUCCCCGAGACAACGGCACGACCUGUGGCCCCCACUGCAGGGGAGCGCUCCCUAGGGCGGGGGGCGCCUUCCGAACGGCUGGGCAGGUGGCCGAGCAGCUGCAGGGCUUCAGCUCCCAGCUCCAGCAGACCCGGCUAAUGGUCAGGGCCACUGAAGAGGCCGCCUCCAAGGUCCAGGCUGAUGCCCAGCGCCUGGAGACGCAGGUGAGCACCAGCCGCUCCCGCAUGGAGGAGGACAUCAGGCGCUCACGACUCCUCAUCCAGCAGGUUCGGGACUUCCUCAUGGACCCUGCUACGGAUGCGACCUCAAUCCAGGAGGUGAGCGAGGCGGUGCUGGCCCUGUGGCUGCCCACGGACUCUGCCACGGUCCUGCGGAAGAUGAGUGAGGUGCAGGCCAUUGCAGCCAGACUCCCCAACGUGGACCUGGUGCUGUCACAGACCAAGCAGGACAUCGCCCGGGCACGCAAGCUGCAGGCCGAGGCGGAGCAGGCCCGGAGCCGCGCCCAUGCCGUGGAGGGCCAGGUGGAUGGUGUGGUGGACGACCUGCGGCGGGGUGCCGGGGCACUGCAGGAGGCCCAGGACACCAUGCAGGGCACCAGCCGCUAUCUUCGGCUCCUGCAGGAGAGGGUGGCUGAGGUCCGGCAGGUACUGGGGCCGGCGGAGAGGCUGGUGACUGGCAUGAUAGAGCAGCUGGGGGGCUUCCAGGCACGGAUGGAGGAGCUGAGCCGCCAGGCCAAGCUUCAGCAGACACAGGCUGCCCAGGCCCAGCAGCUGGCGGAGGAUGCCAGCCAGCAGGCACUAAGCGCCCAGGAGGGCUUUGCGAGCGUCCGGCACAAGUACACUCAGCUGAAGGAGCGGCUGAGUCGGACACCCAUGCUGGGGGAGCAGGGCAGCCGCAUCCUGAGUGUGAGGACAGAGGCAGAGCAGCUCUUCGGGGAGACUGUGCAGAUGAUGGACAGAAUGAGAGACAUGGAGGCGGAGUUGCUGCAGGGCAGCCAGGCCAUCCUGCUGCGCUCGGCGGACCUGGCUGGACUGGAGCGACGCGUGGAGCAGAUCCGGGACCACAUCCAUGGGCGCGUGCUCUACUACGCCUCCUGCAAGUGAGCGACCGGCGCUGCCGCCCACAAGGGCCAACCCGCGCCUGACCCAAGUGUUCUGAGCUGCCUGCCGGCAGACCUGUACCAUGAGGACACUCCGGGCUGCUGUUGACUGUGCCUUGGGGCAGCGGCCAGGGCGGGGGACAGACCUGGCGCGGCUGGUCACCGUGGCUGGAGCCCUCACGAGGAAGAGCCGCUGGCCAGCCAGCGUCCCCACUUCUUCCUGAAGGCUGAGGCUGGAGUAUGCACAAAUGCAGCUGAAGAGGAUGGGCAGAAGGGAACCCCAAUAAAAAUCUUUGGCAAAGAACCUGGA